CUGUCUCAUUCCACACUGCCCAGACUUCAGUCGCCACGGCUCUUCCUCCCUGGGCCGACAGGAGGGCCGGCAGGCUUUCCCGAGGAUGAGGACGCGUGAGCUUCGCCUCCUGGGGAGAUGUGCGCAGGGAAUUCUCACUUCUGUGCUCUUCCUCCUGGGCUGCUGGGGCCUCUCCGAUUUCCAGCAGCAAUUUCUUCAGGCUUUGGAGCCAGAGGAAGUGAUGGCUUACUUUGGCCCUGCCGCUACCUCCGAAGUGCCCCAGUUUGACGUGGCCCCGCUCACCUGUGUCUGUGAAGAAGAGGAUGGGGACAGGCAGGGAGGAGCACCCUGCGGGCCCCCACGCUGCUCCCUGCCAGCCCUGGGACAGCUCUUCUCCUUCUCCUUCCGGCCCCGGAUGGGCCUCCUCGCUGCCUCCUUCACCAGCGAGCGUGUGGUGAACGCCUCCCUCCGGCUGCUCAGGGGCCCCCCCCACCCCUGCUUCACGGGAGGCCGCACCUUGCUGCCCUUGGGCGCAGCAGCCAGGCUCACCUACUGCUCGGGCCGUGUGGAGGGUGACAUCGUGGUGGGUGGAGACAGGCUCUACAUCCAGCCAUUGAAGAGGCAGCACCGGGAGCUGGUGCCACCCUGGGGCGGUGCUCAGCCCCACCUGAUCCACAGGUCCAACCCCACGGUGCACCCGGCCCUUGUGGUUCCAGGCCACCCUCUGGCCCCUCGCCUCUGGAGACGGGCUGCCCAGAGUGUCCUGUACCUGGAGCUGCUGGUGGCCGUGGGCCCUGACGUCCACGCAGUUCACGGGGAGGACACAGAGCGCUACGUCCUCACCAACCUCAACAUGGGGUCAGAGCUGCUGAGGGACCCAUCCCUGGGGGCUCAGUUCCAAGUGCACCUGGUGAAGAUGGUCAUACUGACGCAGCCGGAGGAUGCUCCGAAUAUUACAGCCAACAUCACCGCAUCACUACUGAGCGUCUGUGAGUGGAGCAGGACCAUCAACCCCGAGGAUGACACGGAUCCCAGUCAUGCUGACCUGGUCCUCUACAUCACCAGGUUUGACCUGGAAUUGCCUGAUGGUAACCGACAGGUUCGGGGGGUCACCCAGCUGGGGGGCGCCUGCUCCUCUUCCUGGAACUGCCUGAUCACUGAGGAUACUGGCUUCGACCUGGGGGUCACCAUUGCCCAUGAGAUUGGGCACAGCUUCGGCCUGGAGCACGACGGCGCGCCCGGCAGCGGCUGCGGGCCCAGCGGCCACGUGAUGGCGUCCGACGGCGCGGCGCCCGCCCCCGGGGGCCUGGCGUGGUCCCCCUGCAGCCGCCGGCAGCUGCUGCGCCUGGUCAGCGCAGGACGGGCGCGCUGCAUGUGGGACCCGCCGGGUUCGCAGUCCGGACCCGCGGGGCGCCCUCCAGAGGUGCACCCCGGCCUCUACCACGAUGCGGACGAGCAGUGCCGCAUAGCCUUUGGCCCUAUGGCGGUCGCCUGCACCUUCACCAGGGAGCACCUUGACAUGUGCCAGGCUCUCUCUUGCCACACAGACCCCCUGGACCAGAGCAGCUGUAGCCGCCUCCUCAUUCCGCUCCUGGAUGGGACAGAGUGUGGUGUGGGGAAGUGGUGCUCCAAGGGUCACUGCCGCUCCCUGGCGGAGCUGGCCCCCAUCGGGGCAGUGCACGGGCACUGGUCUAGCUGGGGUCCCGCCAGUCCCUGCUCCCGCUCCUGCGGCGGAGGGGUGGUCACCAGGAGGCGGCAGUGCGACAACCCCAGGCCUGCCUUUGGGGGGCGUGCGUGCAUAGGUGCGGACCUCCAGGCCGAGAUGUGCAACACUCAGGCUUGCGAGACGACCCAGCUGGAGUUCAUGUCCGAGCAGUGCUCACAGACCGACGGGAAGCCGCUCUACCUCUCCCCGGGCAGCCCCUCCUUCUACCGCUGGGGCGCCGCUGUGCAGUACAGUCAAGGGGACGCUCUGUGCAGACACAUGUGCCGGGCUGUUGGCGAGAGCUUCAUUGUGAGGCGUGGGGACAGUUUCCUGGAUGGGACCCGCUGUGUGCCGAGCAGCCCUCGGGAGGACGGGACCCUGAGCCUAUGUGUGUCGGGCAGCUGCAGGACUUUCGGCUGUGAUGGCAGGAUGGACUCUGGGCAGGUGCGAGACGCGUGCCAGGUGUGUGGAGGGGACAGCAGCACGUGUAGUCCGCAGAACGGCUCUUUCAGGGCUGGAAGAGCGAGAGAAUACGUCACGUUCCUGACCAUCACCCCCAACCUGACCAGCAUACACAUCAUAAACCAGAGGCCUCUCUUUACACAUCUGGCCGUGAGGCUCCGAGGGCGCUACAUUGUGGCCGGGAAUGGGAGCAUCUCUCCCAGCACCUCCUACCCCUCCCUCCUGGAGGACAGCCGUGUCCAGCACAAAGUGGCCCUGACUGAGGACCGGCUGCCCCGCCUGGAGGAGAUCCACAUCCGGGGACCCACCUGGGACGACAUGGAGAUCCAGGUUUACAGGCGCUAUGGUGCGGAGUACGGUGCCCUCGCCCGCCCAGACGUCACCUUCACCUACUUCCAGCCCAAGCGGCGGCAGGCCUGGGCCUGGGCUGCCGUGCGGGGGGCCUGCUCGGUGAGCUGUGGGGCAGGGCUGCGCUGGGUGACCUACAGCUGUCGGGACCAGGCCAGCGGCCAGUGGGUGGAGGCUGCCCGGUGCGGAGGGAGCUGGCAGCCGGCGGCCUGGUCAGAGUCCUGCGCCCCCCAGCCCUGCCCCCCGUACUGGGUGGCUGGAGACUUCGGCCCGUGCAGCGCCUCCUGCGGGGGCGGCCUGCAGGAGCGGGUGGUGCGCUGCGUGGAGGCCCAGGGCGGCCUCCUGAGGACGCUGCCCCACUCCCGGUGCAGAGUGCUGGCCCAGCAGCCAGCGGCUGUGGAAACCUGCAAUUCCCAGCCCUGCCCCACAAGGGAGGUGUCGGACACGUGCUCAUCGGCCUGUGGAGCAGACCUGGCCGGGCAGAAUGCGACUUGUGUGCUGGGGACAGAUGGCGCGGAGGAGCUGGUGACUGCUGGGGCCUGCUCCACAGACGAGAAGCUGGCUACACUUGAACCCUGUGUCCAGGCAGCAUGUCCUCCAGGCGGGGGCCAUCUGGACGCCCAGGCUCCGGGGGAGGAGGCUGCAUCUGCAGAGGGCAGGGCCAGGCUGGAGGCCCCUGCCACACACGUGUGGACUCCCCUGGCGGGGCCGUGCUCCGUCUCCUGCGGGCGAGGCCUGAGGGAGCUGCACUUCCAGUGCACGGACUCUGCCCUCAGGACAGCCGUUGGGGAAGAGCUGUGUGGCUUGUCGAGCAAACCCGGGAGCCGGUGGGAGGUCUGCCGGGCUGCCCCGUGCCCAGCCUGGUGGCAUUACGAGCUGGCGGCCUGCAGUGUGAGCUGUGGGGGAGGGGUCACGCAGAGGGUCCUGUCUUGUGCCCGGGCUCAGGGGGAGGACGAGGACGAGGAGGUCCUGCUGGACACGCAGUGCCAGGGGCUGCCUUGCCCAGAGCCGCAGGAGCCCUGCAGCCCGGAGCCCUGCCCGCCCAGAUCGGCAGCGCCGAGGUGGAAAGUCACGUCCCUUGGCCCGUGUUCAGCCAGCUGUGGUCUCGGCACUGCCACACGCUCGGUGGCCUGCGUGCAGCUGGACCGAGGCCAGGACACGGCGGUGGAUGUGCGGGCCUGUGCGGGUCUGGUGCGGCCGCAGACCCGCAUUCCCUGCAUGACUGCCGCCUGCACCUACCGCUGGCAUGUCAGCACCUGGCUGCAGUGCUCUGUCUCGUGUGGGGAAGGCAUUCAGCGCCGGCAUGACACCUGCCUUGGACCCCGGGCCCAGGUGCCCGUGCCAGCCGACUUCUGCCAGCAUCUGCCCAAGCCAGUGACAGUGCGGGGCUGCUGGGCCGGGCCCUGUGCAGGGCAGGGGUUGCCCAGCCCGGCGCCCCACGAGGAAGCCACUGCCCCAGGCCAGACCACAGCUGCCACUACUGGUGCUUCCCUGGAGCGGCCCCACCCCUGGGCCCACCUCCUCUCCCCCACUCCCUGGCCUCAAGGACUCCUGAUUGGGACCCCAGAAAGCCCAGCAGAGUCCAGUGCCUGUGGCCGGCAGCACCUUGAGCCAACAGGAACCAUUGACAUGCGAGGCCCAGCGCAGGCUGACUGUGCAGUGGCCAUCGGACGGCCCCUGGAUGAGGUGGUGACCCUCCGAGUCCUUGAGAGCUCCCUCAACUGCAGCGCUGGGGAGAUGCUGCUGCUCUGGGGCAGGCUCACGUGGAGGAAGAUGUGCAGGAGGCUGUCCGGCAUGACUUUCAGCUCCAAAGCCAACACACUGGUGGUGAGGCAGCGUCUUGUGCGGCCGGGAGGCGGAGUGCUGCUGCGCUAUUCGAGCCAGCCUGCCCUGGGAACCUUCCACCGCGAAUGUGACAAGCAGCUUUUUGGACCCCGGGGUGAAAUCGUGAGCCCAUCGUUGAGUCCAGGUGGAAGGAAUGUGGGGGGCUGUCGCAUCUUCAUCAACGUGGCCCCACGGGCCCGGAUUGUCAUCCAUGCCCUGGCCACAGACAUGGGCACUGGAACUGGAAACCAGGGAACCGAUGCCAGCUACAUCUUGAUCCGGGACAUCCACAGCCUGAGGACAACGACAUUUCGUGGGCAGCAGACACUCUACUGGGAGUCAGAGGGCAGCCAGGCAGAGAUGGAGUUUAGCCAGGGCUUCCUUGAGGCCCACACUAGCCUUCGGGGCCAUUACUGGACCCUCCAGACUAGAGCUCCUUACCGCGGCAGUGCCCUGCCUUAGCUUCCUCUCCAAGCACAUCCUUCAGUUGACCAUUGGGCACGGUGGGUGACUUCUCCCAGUCCUGGAAGGGGAAGGAAGGAACCUGUCAUGUAUGAGCGCCUGUUAAAAUGCCUGGCUAGCGCUGGAGGACUGACUGGUGUCUGAGUACUCUCCAAUCCCAAUUCCCUCCAACCUUAAGUAUCUCCUUUAGGGCCUCCUCCAACGUGAAACGUGGAAGGGGGGACUCUUCGGAAAGGCAGUCCAGCCCCUCGAGUACCAAUAAACGGAACGCGCGGUCUGAGUGGCGUUUUCUUCACAUAACUUGUCCAAAUGCGGCUUGAAAUCCACCCACCCUUCGCACGGCGGGGGUUCCCUGGCCGCGGUCGGGCUCCA